CCGGUUGGUAAAGAAAAAAAACGUUUUCUUGUCGAUUCUUUACAGGGUUCCUCAAACACAGUGAUAAUAAUACAACCGCGAUUUGAUUGACAGCUAAUGAUUGUGCAGUGUUUUGCAAUAUCGCCGCAACCAAUAAUUUUAAACAAAGUUUUAACCAUCGUUCUAAUUAAACAGAUUCUCUCAUGCCACAAUAAAGUUAAAAUUACAGAUUGGUUUGCUAUAAUCGGUUGAAAUUCAACGUUUUUGUAUCCAGAAAACGUGUUAAAAGUUUUGCCAUUGCACAACACUGUAGGUAAUUUCCCACCUACGGAAAAUCUAAUUCUCCCUGUCGUAAAUUAUUUAAAACGCGUUGUCCCCUUUGUAAACAUUACAGCGAAAAUCAUGAGCUUCGAAAAAUCAGUGAUCGAGGAAGCAAACAAACAUCUUUCAGCUUUAAAUAAUAAAGUUACGAAUCUAGAAGCAACGGUGAAAGAGCAGGCUAUGCAACUUAUUUUAAAAGACAAAGCACAUCAAGAAGAGAUUGAAAAUUUGGUAAGAAAGCAGGAAGCUGAAAUUAACAAUCUAAAGACGUGGCUUGAUGGAACUCAGGCUGAGAUACGUCGAAUGAAAAUCCGGGAGAAAGAACAAGAGAUGAUGAUUUCACAUCUUAAACAUAGAUGUUCUGUUCUCGACAGUGCAACUAAGUUUUCACCAAGCCUGGAAGGGUUAUUGACAUGUUUGAUGGAAGCUGAUAAACUGAAAAGGGUGAACUAUGAAGAUAUGGUUAAGCGGCAGCUGUCCGAUGCUUCCUCUUUCUCCGCAAGUGCAGAUAUAAAACAUCAUGGUCAUCUUUCUAUUCCUCAAGCUAAAGAAACAGGUGUUGGAAAUACCGAAGAUGAUAUAUGGUCAAGUGGUGGAGACAGAAACUACCAGUAUGACCUAAACUCCAAAUUGGAUGCCUCUGGACAAUCAGCAGUGGAUGAAUCAUCGCUUUCCAGGCUCACUGCUGCCAACAGUACAAGGACAAAUGGUGGCAAGUUUUCAAUUUCUGAGGAUGAUUUUGAAACAUAAUACUUUCACCGUUGUUGCCUUUUAAAUGUAUAUACUUUAUCAUACGAUACAGCCUUUUAAAAAUUUAAUAAUUCUUUUGUUAAAAAACCCGUAACGUAAUAACUAACCAGGUGCAAUCUUCUUUUAUUUUUAAAAUUCACAAUAUUCUUUAGUAUUUUACGUGUUUUCGAACAAAUAUGACAGGGAUUUUACAGAUAAGUACAGUAAAAUGUAUUCUUAACACUCCGUGUAUAUCAGUACUGACAUAAAUAACAUACUUAUUUAUUUAUCUCUUCGAAAACAAGGGCGAAGAUCGUGGUAUUUAAAGAACGAAGAGAAGGGCAAAGCAACAGUUGUCAAAACACCCUAUGGAUAGAGCGUCAAUUAAAAGUGGCAGUUGCAUCCAAACUUAUUCUUUUGUAGCGUGACAACACAUAUUUAUCAUGUACCUAGUCUUCUACCUGACGCGAUUUUUUACACGUACGAUUUAUCAAGUAUAGGCUACUUGCUGUUGGAUAGAAGUUCUUUCUGUGUUUAAAUGUUGACAUGCACAUCUGAAGUAACACGUUGUUAUAUCUCCGAGAACGUGCCAGGUUGGUACUUGGCCCGUGCCAGGUUGAUCCGGGAAUAUGGUCACUAUAGCUUCCGACCACUGUUGGUCUGUUGGGUGUGCGUGUAAAUUAGACGAGUUAUGAAAAUUAAGUGCAGAAAAUGCCGAGGCUUCUUGGUAGAUUACAACUGUUUAAUCGAUGCACACGGAAGCGAAUUGCAAGGGGAGAGUGCGGUAUGCCCAGACAACAACAAUCAAGUAUGGUUUUUAAACUAUGACAGCUCACCACUUUGGGUAAAUGAUGCAAUUGAUAAGGGCGACUGGAAGAUAGGAAAGUUACAUUGCCCAAGUUGCAAUGGAAGGCUCGGAUCAUUUAAUUUCAUUCAGCAACAAAAAUGUACUUGUCAAAAGUUUGUUGUUCCGCCUGUUUGGUUACAGAAAUCAAAAGUAGACAUUGGGUUUCAACCGAAAAUCAUCGCAACAAAGAGAUCUGAACUUAUUCCACAACUUACAAUGAUUGAUGAUACAAUGCCCACUGAGAGCGUAACAACAGAAAUUGAAGCAAAUUUAUUUGAAUUGGAGGCUUCUAUUUAGUACAAUGCACCCUCUCACUGACAAAUGGUUUAGGGUGGGAGUCCUUUUUAUAUAUUCAAUCACUAUUGUCGACAGACCAAAUAUGGACUACAAAGAUAAUAACUGUUUAACUAUAAGUGUCCCUUUUCCACCCCCUCCCCCCCACACUACUAUAUACUGAAUAAGAACUUGAAUAGUAGAGUACUUGUUAUUAAAAUCAACACACA